GCGAGCAAGGCUUGAACGAUCACCAUAUAUAGGCAUCCGGCAGCACAAACAGGAGAAUCUAAGCUGAUCAAGAAAGCCCCAUUGCUGGAUCCGUUUCCACGGGAGAGAAGAGGAAGAGGAAAGGCAGGGCAAGGAGGGAGGGAUCGAGGAUGGCGGCGGCGGAGGACAUGGAGAGGAUCUUCAAGAGGUUCGACACCAACGGCGACGGGAAGAUCUCGCUGUCGGAGCUGACGGACGCGCUGCGGACGCUGGGGUCGACGUCGGCGGACGAGGUGCAGCGCAUGAUGGCGGAGAUCGACACAGACGGCGACGGCUUCAUCGACUUCGACGAGUUCAUCUCCUUCUGCAACGCCAACCCGGGCCUCAUGAAGGACGUCGCCAAGGUCUUUUGAGCUGCACUGCCGAUCUGCCAUCUGCGUACGGCGUCAUUCUCUUAUUACAACACGUCUAUAUAUGUCGGUCCUGUGCUAUUUUUCAGUUGAUGAGACCGGUGAUUAAUUGUUUUGACAAUUUAAUAGUUUGUUAACUGUCGAUCAAUGUCGCAUUAUAUGUAUACACUUGUUUUUUUGAAUGGUUGAGCUUUAUCGAUAAUUAUAUAAUGUUCAGUUGUUCAUAUAAA